AGCCUCAGUUGUAUUCAGACUGGGAAUCAUAACAUACCGGUGCUAGAAGUAGCUUGUAAUAGUCAAAAAUGCCUUGUCAGGAUGUUAAGCUUUCCGAAGAGACGUUCGUGAUAAACGUAAUACCGCUUCUCAAAGACGGUAUCCUUUGCUUUAAUGAUCUUUCAGUCAUUGUAUUUACUAAUGAAGGUAACAUGAAGAACAAAUACGAUGAGCUUCGCUCUUUAAUUAUUAAAGGGAAGGAUAACUUUGCGCAAGCAGAGCAAAGAGCUUAUGGUAUUUUAGGAAAUAUAGAUAAAGAGUGUGAGGAAUUAACUCAACAGAAAGGAAAACUGCAACGACAACAGGAUGACAAGAAAACUGAAUGCAAAAACCUACAAGACCAGCUUGCAAGUCAGCAAAACAUACUACUGGAGCGUCAGAGAUCGUUAGCAAAUGCAAAUACACACUUACAAGCAACGCAGGCAAAAGUUAAUGAGAUGCGUAGAAGAAUGGAGCACGAUGAAGCUGUGAGGAACGCUGGGAUCGGUCUGAUGUUCAUUCCGUUUGUUGGAACCGUAGUUGGAGCUACCCUGAUUGGGGUUUACCAGACAGAUCUGAACAACGCAACUGAUGCUAAAAAUCGGGCUCAAAGUGAAGUUCACAACUGGGAACGUCAAGUGGCAAGUAGUUCUCUAGGUGUUUCUGACUGUCAGACAAAGAUCAACCAGAAGACACAGGAGAUUUCUCAAGCUAACACCAGUUUGGAGGUGUUACGAAGAACCAUAGAAGACGUCACACAGCAGCGCCUUGUUAUAGCUGAUGUCCAGGAGAAGUUCAGGAAUGCUGUCAGGGUUUUGACCGAUCUAGCUGGUAUAGCGAAAGUAGGCGAGGUACAGACAAGGAAGUUUAUUCUGUUUGAGCCCCUCAUGACGGUACUUCAGGAAAUCUUUAAACGUAUUCUCCAAAUGUCAGAUAAGAAGGGUCAUCUUCAGUGUGUCGAAUCAACUUUAAAACCAAUACAAAGUGCUUUUGAAGAGAAUGUGAGAAAGAUGAAAGCUUUGUGUGACAAGGGGGAUGAUUACUGGUAGGAAAAAAAGUAAAACAAAUUUUCAUAAAUGAAAUGAAAGUCAGAAUUUAUCUUUUACAAAAAAUGUGAUAUUACUGAUAUUAAAUUGUAAGAAGUCAAACGCCUCCACAUGGCCAAACAUAACAUUGCAUUUUCUCUUUACAGAGCAUCACAUAUAACAAAAUGAAAUGUAAAAAACAUUUAUUAUAUAUCCAUAUAUGAGAUAAAUGUGAUUGCCCAAAAGACAUGCAAAUUAUCAAUAUAAUUGUAUAAGAACUAUACUGAACAAAAAUAUAAACGCAACACUCUUGUUUCUGCUCCCAUUUUUCAUGAGAUGGACUUAAAGACCUACAAUUCAUUCCAGAUACACAAUAUUACCAUUUCUCUCAAACAUUUCUCACAAAUCAGUCUAAAUGUGUGAUAGUGAGCACUUCUGCUUUGCUGAGAUAAUCCAUCCCACCUCACAGGUGUGCCACAUCAAGAUGCUGAUCUGACAUCAUGGGUAGUGCACAGGUGUACCUUAUACUGCCCACAAUAAAAGGCCACCCUGGAAUGUGCAGUUUUUUGCUUUAUUGGGGGUCUGGGGACUCAGAACCGGUCAGUAUCUGGUGUGACCACCAUUUGCCUCAUGCAAUGCAACACAUCUUCUUCGCAUAGAGUUUAUCAGAUUGUCAAUUGUGGCCUGUGGAAUGUUGGUCCACUCCUCUUCAAUGGCUGUGCGAAGUUGUUGGAUAUUAGUGGGAACUGGUACACGCUGUCGUAUACGCCGGUCAAGCACAUCCCAAACAUGCUCAACGGGUGACAUGUCCGGUGAGUAUGCUGGCCAUGCAAGAACUGGGACAUUUUCAGCUUCCAAGAACUGUGUACAGAUCCUUGCAACAUGGGGCCGUGCAUUAUCUGUCUGAGUGGCUGGUCUCAGACGAUCUUGGAGGUGAACCUGCUGGAUGUGGAGGUCCUGGGCUGGUGUGGUUACACGUGGUCUGCGGUUGUGAGGCCGGUUGGAUGUACUGCCAUAUUCUCUGAAACGCCUUUGGAGACGGCUUAUGGUUGAGAAAUGAACAUUCAAUGCACGAGCAACAGAUCUGGUUGACAUUCCUGCUGUCAGCAUGCCAAUUGCACGCUCCCUCAAUGCUUGUGGCAUCUGUGGCAUUUUGCUGUGAGACAAAACUGCACAUUCC